UUUGUGCCGGGUCCGGCUCGCAGCGGCAGACGAGCGGGUAGCUCCGGGGGAAGCCGGCGGGCAACGCGCGCAGCCACGACGGAGCAGCCGCGGGACUGGCCGCCCCGCGCCCCGUUCGCCGCCGUGCCGUUCCCCGGCGCGCUCACCCCGUUCUCGGGAUGGGAGUGUAGCGGCGGCGCGGACUCGGCGGGGAUCGCAGCGGAGGCGGCAGCGGCGGCGGCCGAGCGCGGCUCCAUGUUUUCCCCCGGCCAGGAGGAACCCAGCGCCCCCAACAAGGAGCCGGUGAAAUACGGGGAGCUGGUGGUCCUGGGGUACAAUGGUGCUUUGCCUAAUGGCGACAGGGGCAGGAGGAAAAGCAGAUUUGCCCUCUAUAAGCGGACCAAGGCCAACGGUGUCAGACCCAGCACAAUCCACGUGGUCUCCACACCCCAGGCAUCCAAGGCCAUCAGCUGCAAAGGUCAGCACAGCAUAUCCUAUACUUUGUCACGGAACCAGACUGUGGUGGUGGAGUACACGCACGAUAAGGACACGGACAUGUUUCAGGUGGGCAGGUCCACAGAGAGCCCCAUUGACUUCGUGGUCACAGACACGGUUUCCGGCGGUCAGAACGACGAUGCCCAGAUCACACAGAGCACCAUCUCUAGGUUUGCCUGCAGGAUCGUGUGCGACAGGAACGAGCCAUACACGGCACGCAUAUUCGCAGCAGGAUUCGAUUCUUCCAAAAAUAUAUUCCUUGGAGAAAAGGCAGCGAAAUGGAAAAACCCUGAUGGUCACAUGGAUGGGCUCACUACCAACGGUGUCCUGGUAAUGCACCCGCAAGGAGGCUUCACUGAGGAAUCCCAGCCUGGAGUCUGGAGAGAGAUCUCUGUCUGUGGAGACGUGUACACCUUGCGAGAGACCAGGUCUGCCCAGCAGAGGGGAAAGCUGGUGGAAAGCGAGACCAACGUCCUGCAGGACGGCUCCCUCAUUGACCUGUGUGGGGCCACUCUUCUCUGGAGAACCGCGGACGGCCUCUUCCACGCUCCUACUCAGAAGCACAUCGAAGCCCUCCGGCAGGAGAUCAACGCAGCCCGACCCCAGUGUCCCGUGGGCCUCAACACCCUGGCCUUCCCCAGCAUCAACCGGAAGGAAGUGGUGGAAGAGAAACAGCCCUGGGCAUACCUGAGCUGCGGCCACGUGCACGGCUACCACAGCUGGGGCCACCGGAGCGACGGGGAAGCCAACGAGAGGGAGUGUCCCAUGUGCAGGACUGUGGGCCCCUACGUCCCUCUCUGGCUGGGCUGUGAGGCAGGGUUUUACGUCGAUGCAGGACCCCCGACGCACGCUUUCACCCCCUGCGGGCACGUCUGUUCAGAGAAGUCUGCCAAGUACUGGUCGCAGAUCCCACUGCCCCAUGGAACCCACGCGUUUCACGCCGCCUGUCCGUUCUGUGCCACACAGCUGGUUGGUGAACAGAACUGCAUCAAAUUGAUUUUCCAAGGUCCAGUGGACUGACACCCUGAGCAACCAUCUACACGGCAUUAACAAGUUACUGUGAAGACUCCGCCACUAACCGUAGAUUCUACCUUUUUGUAAUGCUGUUUGUUAAGAGGAUGGCGGACCGGGUUGGGGGAUGGGGGCUGGUGAUGACAGGUGGCAGGCACUGACAGAUACCACUGUGUUUUGCAUGCUCAGAACAGCAGCAUUGUCACUGAGGUCUGCCUGAUUAAACUUUAAUACCUGUGUAAUAA